GCACAGGAGGCGCAUACUUAUCCUAGCAAAAAACGAUUGUGUGUUUUCAUGCAUUUGUAGCAGUUUACCUUUUAAUCUACGACCGGACCAUGUGUGAUCGAAGACUGCGCUUGUAUUGGAUGUAUAUUAGUUUUAUAAGCUUUCUGUAAGACUAUUUAAAGAAGAAGAGGCUUUUUUUUUAUCAUGUCCAUUAAACUCCGAGGAACAACAACAACCGCAUGACUUACAUGAGUCCGCAUGAGAGCCAGACGUCGGAUAUAUUUAACUACUACCCAGCAAAAGAUCGACUCCAGACCGUUGCACAGCGUAGAUUGAAGUUUUUUUUAAUGUUUUAAAUUUAUUUUGUUUAUAUGCUACACUAGACGUCGGAUCUCAGAAUUGCUCGAUUUAAUAAUCUAGAUCCUUUGUCCGUGCAUUAUUGCAUCGACAUAUCAAUAACUAUAUGACUACUAGUGUAAUAUGUAACAAGUUCUCCGGUUAUAACAUGCACUGAGAAACAUGUAAAAUCACCACUCCGAAUAUUUUUUUAGUAGACCAAAGACUGAAAAGCUUUGCAUUGCAAUGGAAAUGCAGUAACUAUUGCACUGCAUUACGCCUAUUGAUACUUUUUAUGUAAGGAUAUACACCUUUGUCAAUCGACCAGACAGUGAGACGAUUGGAAUUUGGCUAUGUCCUUCUUUAAUUUCCGAAAAAUUUUCAAGUUGGGCGCAGAGAAGAAGAAAAAACAAUAUGAACACGUGCACCGAGACACAAAUCCCGAGGAGGAAUGGGAGAUUGUGGGAGAACUGGGGGAUGGAGCCUUUGGGAAGGUGUACAAGGCUCAGAACAAGCAGACAGGCAUUUUUGCAGCUGCAAAGGUGAUUGACACUAAAACUGAAGAUGAGUUGGAGGACUACAUGGUGGAGAUCGAGAUCCUGGCAUCAUGUGAUCAUCCCAACAUCGUCAAGCUACUUGAUGCUUAUUACUAUGAGAGCAAACUGUGGAUCCUGAUAGAGUUCUGUGGCGGUGGAGCUGUAGAUGCAGUCAUGCUCGAGCUGGAAAGGCCUCUGACCGAGCCGCAGAUCAGGGUUGUGUGUAAGCAGACUCUGGCAGCUCUGUUGUAUCUGCACGACAACAAGGUCAUCCAUCGAGACCUGAAGGCAGGAAACAUCUUGCUUACACUGGAUGGAGAUGUCAAACUGGCGGACUUUGGGGUAUCUGCCAAGAACACAAAGACCCUCCAGCGUAGAGACUCCUUCAUUGGAACCCCUUACUGGAUGGCCCCGGAAGUCGUGAUGUGUGAGACGUUUAAGGACAGACCGUAUGACUAUAAGGCUGAUAUCUGGUCUCUAGGAGUCACUCUGAUCGAGUUAGCCCAGAUUGAACCGCCCAACCAUGAGAUGAACCCAAUGAGAGUCCUGCUGAAGAUUGCCAAAGCUGACCCACCUACUCUCCAACAGCCUUCAAAAUGGUCUUCUGAGUUUAAUGACUUCCUGAAACGUGCACUGGAUAAGAAUAUAGACAACAGGUGGAGCACAGCACAGCUUCUUCAGCACCCGUUUGUGAUUAAUGUGAUUGAUAAUCGACCCCUGCGGGAACUCAUCGCUGAGGCCAAAGCGGAGGUUACUGAGGAGAUCGAGGAGGUGAAGGAGGAAGAGGAGGAGGAAGAUCAUGAAGGAAACCCACUGCGUCCGGGACACAAACGUGCACCAUCCGACGCUAGCAUUGGAAGCUCAGAAGACGAAAGGCUUCCACAGUCACCAUCCACCUUGAAGUCUGUUCCUGAGAAGAUCGAGGAAGUUGCUACUCCCAAACUACCAGAUGAUAACAUUCUAGUUGUAAAUAACAAUGAAGCAGAACCUCUGAAGGUGGAAGAGAACCAUAUUCAGGAUGUAGCAGUGCUUCCAAAGGAAUCUCACGAGCAUAAGUUUGAUGACAAGGCUGUAGAAGCAGAGGUUGCUCUCCCAGAGACUCCUGCGGAUGGAAUAGUCCAAACAGAAGAGCAACCAGCCAAACCUGUUGGAGAGAAACUGGAAGUAGAGGGGACGAAACCAACAGAAGAGUCAACAGAUAUUCAGGAAGAUGAGAAAGAGGUAAAUCCAGCUGAAAACAAGGAGAAGAUUGGCAAUGGUGAGCUCAUAAUGGAAGUGCCCAAAUUAGACAUUUCCUCGUUGGAGAAACCAAUCAGCGAGGAGCCCACAAAACAAGCUGUUCCUGAUGAGGUUCCUCCAACAACUACUGUGAAAGAAGCAGAGAAUGUUGAGGAGAAACCUGCUUUGCCUGAGGAAAAGGAAAAUCCAGUGAAGCCCAGGUAUCUGAAGAAGGAAGAGUCAGAAUCUGGAAUUGGUUCUGCAGCUUUGAACAGCAGCAUAGACCUGAAUUUGUCUAUCUCAAGCUUUAUUAGCAAAUCCAAGGAGCCAGGAACCAUCUCUCAACAGGAUUACAAAAGACAGAAAAAGACUCUGAAAAAGACUCGCAAGUUCAUCGUUGACGGUGUGGAAGUCAGCGUGACUACAUCUAAGAUCAUCACCGACAAUGACACCAAAAGUGAGGAGAUGAGAUUCCUCCGGCGUCAGGAGUUAAGGGAACUGAGGCUUCUUCAGAAAGAGGAGCAGAGAGCACAACAACAGCUCAGCAACAAACUCCAGCAACAGAGAGAGCAGAUCUACAGGCGCUUCGAACAGGAAGUCACGAGUAAGAAGCGUCAUUAUGACACAGAGGUGGAGAAUCUAGAGCGGCAGCAAAAACAGACCAUUGAACGUCUGGAGCAGGAACACACUGAUCGUCUGCGUGAUGAAGCCAAAAGGAUCAAAGCUGAGCAGGACAAGGAGCUCUCCAAGUUUCAGAACAUGCUCAAGAACCACAAGAAGGAGGAGCAAGAGUUUCUACAGAAGCAGCAGCAGGAUUUGGACAGCGCUCUGAAGAAGAUCAUUCAGCAACACAAACAUGAGCUUGCCACUAUCGAGAGAGACUGCCUCAACCACAAGCAGCAGCUACUGAGAGCCCGAGAAGCUGCCAUGUGGGAGCUGGAAGAGCGCCACCUGCAGGAAAAACACCAGUUGCUCAAGCAGCAGCUGAAAGACCAGUACUUCAUGCAAAGACACCAGCUGCUCAAAAGACAUGAGAAGGAAAUGGAGCAGAUGCACAGGUAUAACCAGCGUCUGAUGGAGGAGAUGAAGAGCAAACACACGCAGGAGAGAACCAGACUGCCCAAAAUCCAGCGCAGUGAUGCGAAGACACGUAUGGCCAUGUUUAAAAAGAGCAUCCGCAUCACCACCACAGUGGUCACACCUGAACUGGAACGGGAACGGGUCAAACAGUUUGCAGUACAGGAGGAGAAGAGACAAAAGAACGAGCGGCUCAAUCAACACCAGAAACAUGAGAAUCAGAUGAGAGACCUGCAGACGCAGUGUGAUGCCAAUGUCAGAGAACUACAACAGCUACAGAAUGAGAAGUGCCAUUUGUUGAUCGAGCAUGAGACUCAGAAACUGAAGGAACUGGAUGAGGAGCACAGUGCAGAACUGAAGGACUGGAGAGAGAAACUCAGACCCCGCAAGAAGGCCCUUGAGGAAGAGUUUGCCCGUAAGAUACAAGAACAGGAAGUGUUCUUCAAAAUGAGCGGAGAGUCUGCAUGCCUUAACCCCUCCUCCCAGACUCGCAUCUCAAAGUUUUACCCUGUACCGAAUGUCCAAUCCACAGGGUUUUAAAACACUCAUGCACACCCAUGCAAAUUGCAAAAGCACAUCACUACACACACACACACACACACACACACACACAAAGCACGCAGAGAUGCUAAACUGUUUGGGACUGAAACUUUGCUGCCUUUUUCCCUCUGCUCUGAUGUCAGUCGGAAUAAAGAGGAGGGGUCACUCAACUAAUUAUUUCCAUAAGCUACAGAGAGUGCAUAAUGUAUGAGUUUGGUUUUGAUUUUGAUUUUAUUUUGAUUUAAAUUGCAAAAGUGGAAUUUUCAGUGUUACUUCCCUAAGCAUUUAAAAAAUAUAUUUUUGAAGGAAAAUGUGGUUUAAUUCUGUAUGCCACUAAAUUACUCUUUCCAUUUUUUUUUAUUAAUACAUUUGAUUUUGCUGAAUGUGAAUGUCUCAACAAUGUGAUUAUUUUUACAUUGUUUUUAAGAUCAUUUUGAAGUAUAUGGAAUGAGUUUUGGCUUCAGGCUAAUUUGUUUGCACUGACAGAAUCAAUGUUUAAUGUUAAAGGAGAUGAGAAUAAAAGUGAAUGGUUUAAAUAUCAAGGCCAAUCAGCUGAAGAAAGAGCCAAAUUAAUUUGGGAAUCAAAAAUGAUAGAAUGAAUGAAUUUGCUCAGCCAUUUUUAUUAAUACAUUCUUUAAAAUGUAAAACGUCGGUUGAAAUUCUAAUACAUUUUGAAUGACUCUUUUCAUUAAGGACAUAAAUCCAUCAAGUUUUGGUUUGUGUUAUUGUUUGAAUUACAAGAUAAAAAAUAUUUUUGACUUUCAAUUGUCUCUGAAGUCAUUAUUAUUUUUUUUCAUUUGUAAGCUUUGUUUAUUAUCAUAGGUUGGUCUAUACAUUAAAUAGCAGCCAUAUCAGUUUAUUUACAGGUAUUUUAGCAUAUCAACCACACUGAAUGCAAAUAUUCUGACAUCACUGUGGUAAAAUCAAGUGCAUUCUGUGCUUGCACUGCUAUGCAACUGCAAUGUGAAUAUGUAGCCAACUUUUUAAUUUGAUCUAACUUCGAAGCAAGACCGAUCAGUCUCUAUAUUUCCUCAAGUCAUUUUAUUUUUAAUUUGCAAUUAAAAAUGCAAGCUUUUUUUGAUUUACUGAGAAUUAUAUAAACAUUUGUAUAAUUUUCAGAAACAUUGUAUAGAGAAUGAUGUAUCCUUGUAACUCUGUUUAGUUGAAUCAGACAGGUUAUUUUAUUCUUGUACGUUUUAGCUGAUUUGAUUUUUAUUUUUGAAUAAUAGAAUUCAUUUCUGUUCAGUAGCCUAUAUCUUUUGUUGACAACUUUCAACUUUAAAAAAUUAAAACAUGUAUUGCCAAUAUUAACAAGCAUUUACUACAUUUGUGGUGUAGUCUGUACAAUGACUUCUGAUUGGCUGUAUAGAAAGCAUUGCUUUUGUUUUACAGCAGAUUUUUACUGUAAAUUAACUUUCAAAUGGAGUCUUUCAGUGAGAGUUUCAAGUCAUGCCUGUCUUUGCAUUGUCAAUGACUUUGUCCUUAUUUGUUACAUUUUUAUGUAUUUUCAAUGUAAAAGUUAAAAAUAGCAACAAUGCAAGAAGUACUGUGUUCGUGUCAAAGAUUAAAUCAUUGUGACUGUAGUAAACUACUGUGAUUAAAACAUUUGC